UAGUUUCAGGGACAGUAUGUGGUCGCUGUUCUGAAGGAGGAUGGCCUUGGGCGCGUUACGGAUUGUGACCAGAUAUUCGACAGCGCAACCUGACCUCAAAGGUAACGAGUACCACCGGCAAUUUCCAUGACACUUCAGGAAGAAAAUGACGAACAAUUAAAAGCAGAAGCCGCACCGGCGGCGGUCGGGUCCUGUCUUACGCUGAACUACCGUGGCCUUCACAGUCGCAGGGCAGUUAUAGCUAGCCAGGUACAGAGCAGUGCAGAGCCAGAAUGCCGUGCUGUGACAUCCAUCCCCGCGUAAUGACGCCAGAGGAGGAGGCGAGGGAGCUGGAGGAGCUCCCUGUGGACUGGCUGCCGCCAGGGGAACUGCAGCGGUGGAGUGAGGUGGCUGACUUCUACGACGGCGCCUCCAUCCUCCUCACAGGCGCCACCGGAUUCAUUGGCACCCUCAUACUCGAGAAGUUGCUGCGCUCCUGCCCCGGCGUCUCCACGGUCUACGUGCUCAUCAGGGACAAGAAGGGCGUGCCGCUGCAGGAGCGACUACGUUCUCAUCUGGAGAAACUGAUCUUCAGCAGUGCUCGCCAGGCAUGCCCUGACUACCUGCGUAAGGUGGUACCCAUAGCGGGAGACUGCACUCAGCCGGGACUGGGGAUCAGCCCUGCAGACGCUACUUUGCUCACCAGCAAGGUGUCUGUCGUCUUCCACGUGGCUGCCGCUGUGCGGUUCGAUGCGGACCUGCGGACCGCCACCCUCACUAACGUGGCAUCCACCUGCGAGGUCAUCGCACUUGUCAAGCGCAUGAUCAACCUCAAGGCUUUUGUCUACAUGUCAACGGCAUAUUCGAAUGCCCCAAGGGAUGAAAUUGAUGAGGAGUUCUAUCCCCCAGCACUGAAUGCUGAAGAGCUACUGAAGCUGCUCAACAUCAUGGGCGACGAGCAACUGGCGCAGUUACUGCCUCUGAUAUUGGGUGAUUGGCCCAACACCUAUACCUUCACAAAAGCAGUGGCCGAGGAUGUAAUACGCACUCACGCUGCUGGACUACCCGCCUCAGUUAUCAGGCCUUCCAUUGUGAUGGCUACGAACAAGGAGCCAGUGGCAUUCUGGUGGGGAACAUGUAUGGACCCAGCGCGAUUGUGGUCGGGGGUGCACUGGGAAUUCUGCACACCACGCAAUCGGACGAAGACGCAAUGGCGGAUAGUGUGCCAGCUGAUAUGGUCGCCAACGCAACCAUCGCCUGCGCCUGGGACACCUGAGGCGGAGAACCUCGAGCGAUGGCGUGCGGGGAUCCAUCAGUUGUCCACUACAGCACGUCACCAACACGCCACGCCGCCCAACGGCCAAAUCAACGAGGCCCGCCAACAACGAGACCACACCUCCGUGCCGGGGCGGAAGGCAAAAACACCACCAGCUCGGUACAGACACACCAGGCAAGAUCUGACACAACUGCCAGCACCUCGGCCGCUCGUCUACAACUGUGUAUCGACUGCUCGCCAUCCAAAGUCCUGGGGUACCAUAUUAAAAGAUGGACGUUAUGCCACAAAUUUUCCCAGCAUCAAAAAUAUCUCUCCCUCCUACGGCUUCAUGUUCAAACAGAAGUCGGCAUAUGUCGUCGUAGCCGUCCUCUUGCACCUAAUUCCAGCCAUGAUUGUAGACACUUUUCUGUGUCUCAAGGGGAGGGAACCAAUACUAUGGAAUGUGUACUCGCGUGUUCAUGCAGUCAUGCAGGCUCUGGAGAAAUUCGCCACUAGAGAGUGGACUUUCAAAGACGACAACAUGGUGGCCAUGCUGGGCCGUCUGGGAGAAGCCGACCGCAAGCUCUUUCCCUGUGACAUAGUAGACGUUGACUUAGAGUGGCAUCAUAAAAACUGUGUGCGUGGAUUGCGCCUUUACAUCUUGAAUGAGAGCUUCGACAACUUGGAAGCAGCCAAGAAGAAAUAUUUUUGGUUGACAGUUCUGCACUACACAGUAAUUACCAUAAUGAGUUCGCUGCUGCUACUGAUGCUGUGGCGGAUUCUCGGUGCCCAGAUAGGACUGAGACACCCACACUGAUGUACGACUGCACAAACAAACCCUUGAGUUCGUUUAAGCAAGCCAUUUCGACAGCCCAUCAAUAAUCAAGCACAAAAUGUGAUUCAAGUCCACAGUCUAAAUAACUUUAGACGUCAGUUCACAUCUGUACUGAUCUAUUGUAGGGUUAUUCCUUUAUUUAUAAUAUUUUCAUAGUCUAAAUGUAAAUCACCACAACUCUGUUCGUUCUACUAUUAACUACGUUGUUUUAAUUGUUAUUAUCGUUUAUUACUUUUUGUCUGCGUAGAGUACAAUGAGUUUUAUUUUUUUGUAUCAACCACCAGAUUGCCUCUAAUGAUACUUGUCUUGGUAUAACAUACUUCUUCCUGUCUCCUUUAU